AUGGCAGCGACACUGGACGGCCAGCACACGCCCGCCAAACCCGUGGCCAUCCGCUCUGCUGGCAUGAAGCUGGACCCGCCCCAUAUACAGAACCUCAAGAUUGCGAAUGCCAGCGUCGACAUCAUGUCGCCCGUCAACCAGAACGGCUGCUUCGAGUUCGACCGCAUCAUCAAGGCCGGCACCGUCGUGAAGCGCACGCGCAAGACAAAGCAAUGGAAGCCCGUCUACCUCGUCCUGCGCCCCAACUGCCUCUCCAUCUACAAGGACAAGGACGAGACGAAGCUGCGCCACCAGAUCAACCUCUCCGAGAUCACGGCCGUCGCGCGCCAGCGGGACUCGAAGAAGAAGAUGGAGCAUGUCUUUGGCAUCUUCUCGCCCGCCCGCAACUACCACCUCGGCGCAACCACCGACAAGGACGCCCAGGAGUGGGUGCACCUCAUACGCACCGAGGCGCGCAUCGGCGAGCACGAGGCCGAGAUGACUGUCAUGAGCCCGACCACCGGGAGGAAGACGUUUUCAGGCUUCGGUCGCGCGGCCAGAGAAAACAUCGUCUCCAGCUCCUCCGAGACAGAGCCGAGGCCCUCGACCUCCAUCGCCCCGGAGCACAUGCACAGCGCCCGGCGUCCAUCGCAAGCCCUCAACUACUCCGGCGGCGAGCGCGGCUCCAUCUCCGACUUCGACUUCUCCGACACCAACCAAGCCUCCGCCCAGUCUCUCCCGCGCACGCCGCAGACACAGCGCAAUGCGAGCCAGCAGAGCAACAUCGGCGCCACCCCCACCAACGAGCGCGUAGUCUACCACGGCUGGCUAUAUGUCCUCAAGUCCAAAGGCGGCGUGCGCCAGUGGAAGAAGAUCUGGGUGGUUCUGCGGCCAAGGUGCCUUGCCUUUUACAAAAACGACGACGAAUACUCCGCGACCCAUAUCAUUCCCUUUUCCAGCAUUAUCGAUGCUGUCGACAUAGACCCAGUCUCGCGAAGCAAGCAGUACUGCAUGCAGGUCAUAUCUGAGGAGAAGAACUACAAAUUCUGCGCUUCCAAUGAAGACUCGCUAGCCAAAUGGCUCGGCGCAUUCAAGAGCUUGCUGGUUAAGAAGAAGGAGUUACCACAGACACGCAUACAGCAGGCGACCCCCACCGCCAUCAACACGCAGCAGCAACCCCAAUCGUUCUUGCCUUCACCCAUCGCGCCAGCUCAGCAGCCUCUCACAAUCAGAUGA